CAAAGUAGCGUUUGAAAUACAGUUUAGCUGAAUCGGUGCUCGUUCUGAUCACAUUGUCACCAAAUUCGAGAAUACACACAUCUGGCCUACAAACACGUUCACCAAAAAUUCCUAGCCAGUAAAUUCAUAACAUUGAAAUGAACGAUCCCGGCGGUAAAUCCUGUUCGAGUGAACCAUUAAAUAAAGAACUAGUUGGCACAGAAUCCCCAACUCAUCCAGUCGAAGCUGCAAUGGCAAAUGCCGCUUCCAACAAUGAUACACACACCGAUGAUGGUGCUGCUCCUGCAGGAGGUCCCCCAACUGCUGAAAACAUGAUGAUGGAUGUGGAUCUAGCACCAGAAACUGAAGUAGCCCUACAAAACAUAACCACAAACACCAAUAAUACCAACGAUAUUUUUGAAGAUUCAAAUACAAUGGAUUCUAUUUCUUCAUCUAAUGACGCUAUGUCGGAAGAAAGUCUACACGUUGCUGAUAUUAUGGAUACAGAGGAAGUACUAGUUCCCGAACAGCCACUUCCGGUCCCCAUGGAAGCUCCAAUUGUCGCGGAGCCAUUAGUUCCAAUUCUGUUCAUAGAACCCCUACUGCCACCGCAGAUUUUCGGAUUGGAACCGCUUGGUGUUGCACAACCGUUUGUUGCUCCGCAACCGCUGCUCCCUCCGGAGCCGUUCAUACCGCCAGGAGCAUUUAUUAAUAUAUCACCCUUUGGUCAGCCGGAGCCGUUUGUACCGCAAGGAGCGUUUGUGCCACCGGAAGCGUUCGUUCUGCCGGAGGGCUUUCUUUCGCCAGCUUCGAUCAUUCGUCCGGAAUCGCCCAUACCAUGGCGUGGUCCAUCUCUACACAAUCCAUUCUCAGUGUUUAGCCCAUUAGUGGAGUUCGAUCACGAUGGUUACGUCGUGACGCCCCAAUCGGUUUCUCCCUCCAAUCCACCCAACGGUGCUGCCCAUUUUGACGCAGGAGAAGAGUACCUGUCUUCGUCGCCAGAGGAUCACCCUGGGCCUAUAAAUCGCUUUAACGACACAUUCCCCAUGCCUAAUCCACUUCCGGUUACACGUCCCCUCUUCCCGUCAGAGAUGAUAGAACCCCUUUUGGAUGUGAUUCCUAAGAAGAAGGCCAAGAAGAGUCACGAGGAGCAGGUGAAGGACUUGCUGGAUGAGAACGACGAUGAGCUGAUGGAGGAUACUCCGCCUCCAGAAGAGACCCCCGAGGAGAAGGCCACAUCGCGCAAGCUAAAGUUUUCCGGAAUCUGCCGUCUCAAAGACGAGACUCUGGAGCGGCUGUACAAUCUCCAUCGCCUCUCGGACGACGACCUGGCUACCGUGGGCCUGACCCGCAAGAGCCUGAUCGACGACUAUCGCCACCACCACGAGAUGUCGAUGCAGCGGGAGCGGGAGGAGGAGAAGCGUCGUAGCCAGCGCCAGAGCCGCUCCCGGGUUCCCCAUAGCCGCUCCCGGCCGAUGCGUCCGCUGAAGACAUACAAGUUCCAGCUGCUCAACCAACUGGUGAAGGUGCUGAGCAAUGAGAUCGAUCCGCUCACCAUCUUCCGGGAGCAGCAGUUCGAGUUCGAUGCCGAUUACUACGAGGACGAGGCCGUCGCCAUGAUGCCCAUCAAGGAGCGCGAGAGGCGUCGCUUCGAGUCCUUCUGCGAUCACCUGGACAACAUGUUCAUCUGUGGCGAUCGCAACAUGGCCGUCGACAUGGUCGUGGACGCCCUCAUCCGUCUCAACAGGCGCCGCAAGCAGAUGGCCCUGGCUGCCUACCAGGCGGCCAAUCUCUCCUAGAUCCUGUCAAGCCACCUCAAACGUGAAGCUACCGGAGGCCGGGAACAGGACUCUGGAGCAGUGCCUUUGCUGUUUAUUUGUUUAUGACCUUAUCAUUUAAUUUACCCACGAAUAUACAUACGAUUCUUGCCAGCCAGUUACAUUUUGAAAUAAAUUUAGAUUAUAAUGUAAAAUGAAAUUCCAACGUUGGUAUUUUGUGUCAAAAUAAAAAAUAUAAGAAACUAGUCGAAUCUAA